AUGCCAUCCUCAGAUCCUUCUACAUCUCCUCUGCAGAAAGAAAUCACGGAGAAGUUGGUGCAGUACAUCGACAGAGCCAUUACCGCUCCUCCAAAGCACCAGCCCUUUGUCUACUUCAACGAAUACGAUGUCUUCGUCCGAAACAUGGAAACUCAUACCGCAGGCAUCGACAUGAAGCAUCCCUAUGAUGCAAAGCCCACAGACCCUUCCUGGGUCAAAGAACACGACAAUUACUCAAUCAACCUCGCCCGCCUCUUCCUAGCCGUUGGUGAAAGGGACACAUACCCGACGCUACCCGGGACAUCGCCCUCUUUAUCUCUCGACUCCGUGGAUCUGAAGCUCAUCUCGCAUGCGCGUUUCCAGCAGGUCCUAUUCCACAUCGCCAACGCCACCGAGCGCACCGUGAACUCGCAGCCGCCAAAAGACCCCGCGGGGUGCGACCGCGUGUUCGCCGAGAGCAGAAAAAAGACGUUCAACAUCAACAUCGAGCAGCCGUACGCGCGGCGCGCGGACGACCCGCACUGGAUGGUGCGCUACAGCAACAUGGCGAUCAACGUCGUGCGCCUGUCGCUUGCGGUCCGAGCAAACUUGGCCGCGGCGCCGCAGAGCGCGGCCGCUGCGCACCGGCAGCCGCCCAUGCGCAUCAAGCUUGACUCUGUUUCGUUGAAGGAUAUCACACAUCGAGAGUUUUUCGAGCAUUUGACUGGGUUUUUUGAUGCGCAGAGGCGCGAGAAUGAGCGGGUUGCGGCGUUGAACGAUACGGCGAACGCACUUGCCGCAGCGGCUGCUGCGAACGCCACAGGACAGGCAAACCCUUCCGCUACUCAGAACCCAGGUGUCUUCAAUCUUGAGGACGCUGGUGAUGAUGGUGAAGACGGGGAAACAGGGUAUGAAGACGACGAUUAUGCUGUGAAAGACACUGACGAGGACAGCGAUUUCCUGGAGGCCGUGCUUCCAACGCCCCUGAAUAAUGCCAGUGAUAGCAACUCUGAGUCGGAAGCUUCUGAUGACGACCUGGACGACGACGACGACGAUGAUGAUGAUGAUGACGAUGAUGACCUCUCAUACUUUGACAGCGAGGAAGAUCGCGACUCCGUCUUCGCUGACUGGUGCAGGAACGAGGAAAACGAGUCUUUUCCAAUUGAUAUCAUCGAGCCUUUGCUUGACGACUCUACCACCCACGACAUCACAGUCGACAUGCUCGUGGCGCUCUUAGGAGUGGCUAAAGCCCCCAAGGAAAAGCUGAUGAAAGACGUCUGGAGCGUGCUACACGAGCAGCGCAAAGCGUACCGCAUCGCGCACACGCGGCCAUUUAUGCUGCACCAGAUCCCCGAAUACAAGUGGAAGCUGACACCCUUUCUCGAGGCGUACGAAUUUCUCACCAAGGCAGUCUACAUGAUGCGCAGGAUCCCCGCAGGGUUAUCAAGCCCUGAGUCAAUUGUGCCGACUUUGGAAACUGUGGAGUCGCUGCUCGAGGGGUUGAAGGGUAUAGACGCGGACACUGUCCCGGACUCUCGAGCGGUCCUCGCCGAGAGGAUGCGCGUAGCCCGCAUUCGCAUGAGGAUGUGCAUGAGCAUGUAUCACCACAUGCACGCGAUCCAGGCCGCACAUUUCGGAUCGUUCACCCCCACAGGUUCCCCGCGCAACCCCAUAUUCGUUGUCGAUCCCGCCAAAGUCCCUGCCCUUUUGGAAGCUAUGGAAAACUUCAAGCAGUUUGACGAAAAGUACAUUGGAAGAAAGUAUUUCAAGGAGUUCCCUGGUUGUCUCGUCAAACCCUUCGGAGUUGUCAGACACCUCAAAGACGUCUACGAAAAUAAGACAAUUCCAGAGUUCAACAUAUACCCUGACAUUAUGAAAGCUGCCGACAUUGCUAAAGAGUUGCAGGACAAAUGGCAUGAGCGCUCACUUGAUGCUAAGAAUUCUCUAUUCGCACCUUUGCGAUAUUGA